CGUGUCUCCCUCGCCCCGCACGUUAGCGAGUCGAAUCGCGAACCCCUUGCUCGGCUCCCGGAGAUGCCUGGUUACAGAAGACUAAAAAUCUAAGAUGCUGGUCCAUGAUUUGCCUCGCCGGUCAAGUUUCAUCCCGUGAACUGCCAAGGCCCGAGAUUCCCCCCUUUCCCCCACCAUCUGGGUCUUUAAUAAGCUCACCUCCCAGAUCUGGGUCGGCCAACAAUCUUUGCGUUGAACUUCUUAAUUAUACCCAUUGAAGCGCUGGUUUGCUUUCCAAGAACUCACUCACUUCCACUCCUUUGACAGCAAUUCCAUUUAUUUAAUAUACCUUUUAAUCAACAUCAUCAUUAGUGGUAAUAGCUCAGGCUGGUCUUGUCAAUACACACCUGUUCCACUUCGAUUAUUACGUUACAGUUUCAAUACCACAUCACCUCUAUCCCGAGUUCAAUAUUACAUCAAGAUGCCUAGUUUAAGACAAGUUUUGGGUGCGAUGGCAGUUGGAAUGGUUGCCCUCACAAAUGCGCUCCCAGCACAACCAAGACUCAGCGAGAGGACGCUCAAGAAGUACGAGGCAAUUCAGCGAAGACAGAAUCCCGCAACCGGUUUACCUGAUAACUUGACAGAUGUUGAUGUUCUUCAAUUGUAUGUGGCCAUCGAUCAUGACACCAUUGGCAGAUUAUCGCUAACCAUCAAUACACAGUGCGUUGACGUUAGAAAACCUCGAGACAGCUUUCUACCAGCAAGGCUUCGCCAUGUUCUCAGAUGAUAAAUUCGCAGCUCUUGGUCUUCAGCCAGCAGAUAUCGCCAACUUGAAGUCAAUUGGAGGAACUGAGGCUACUCACGUCACUACCUUGAACAGUGCCAUCGCUGCUACAGGCACGCAGCCAGUACCUGUAUGCCAGUACAAAUUUGGAUUUACUGAUGCUGCUGGGAUGGUUGCCACCGCAAGUAUUCUUGAGAACGUUGGUGUUUCUGCGUAUGUGAUCACUUUUAUAUUUACCCCCUCCACCGCACUAACAAACAAUACAGAUAUCUUGGUGCUGCUCCUCUCGUCAAAUCUCCAGCAAUUCUUGGUGUCGCUGCUCAAAUCGCUACUGUCGAGUCUCGCCAUCAAACCUUUAUCCGGGUUGCCUCAAAGGCUGUUGCCAUCCCAUCUGCGUUUGACACCCCACUCGGUAUUCGCAAUGUUUUCACCCUCGCCGCUGGCUUCAUUCAAUCCUGCCCCCAAGGUGCCAACUUGGCCAUCACUCCAUUUCCAGCCUUGACCAUGGCUGGCCCUGCUCCAGCGGCCGGUGCCCCACCAGCAGCUGCUGGAACCACCAUUCAGUUGGCCACCAGUGCAACUGGAGCGACCAACUGUGCCUUCACCAACGGUGGCCUUCCAGGUGGAACUGCCUUUACAACCUUCGCAAAUGGUGCAUGCACUGUCCCAUCUGGCCUCGCUGGUCUCACAUAUGUCAACCUCGCCAGCGCUGCACCGGCAACCGGUCUUACCGACGCGAUCACUCUCGCCGGUCCUAUGCUUAUGCAGGUCUCAUAGAUGGGAGAACCCAUUUUUUACAAAGAGGUCAUAUUUGCUUUUAGCGAUAAACACUACCAAAGCUUCGAUUCUUCACUUCUCUUCUCAAUCCAGGGAGCCGUGAAGGGGAGCGUAGUAUAAUAAUAUUGCGGUUUCUUUUUAGUAGAGGGGGAUCCCAUUUGUUCUAGGCAGAGAAAAAGAUGAUUGGCGUGGCAGGAUGGAUAUUAGGGAAUUCUUGGGAGGAUGUGUUGAUGGAAGUUUUCUAUUCUUUUUCCGACACUCAUCUCUGAUGGAGUGAGUGGUCGAUGAACCCUUUAAAACAACCCAUUUAUUUUGCAUGCAUUUUAUAUACGUCAUGUAUGGGCUCAAAGUUUCGAUACUCGAUGAUGACC